AUGUACGCGACCCGUGAUGCAUCAAGCACGUGGCAAAGAGAUUACAGUGAACUCAUGAAGAAGUAUGAGUUCGUGGCAGGAAAGGCAUGGCCGUGCAUCUUCUAUUGCGAGAAGGAAGAUAUUAGACUUCUGGUGCAUGGAGAUUUCUUCUGUCUUGCAGACGACGAAGGGCACGCCUACGUGGACGAAGCUCUGAAGGAGCGCUACGAGUAUCGGUGUGAUGGACACAUCGGUCCGAACCACGACAAACGGAUGGUUGUGCUGAACCGUCUGAUCUGCUACGAGCCAGAGACCGGAAAGGUUACCUACGAAGCAGACCCUAGACACGUGGAAGCGCUAGUGAGAGAGCUGAGUCUGGAGACUGCCAAAGCUGUAAGACUUCCUGCAGAAAAGAAGAAGCAAGGAGACCGGCCCGAUAUUGCUGAGGCAACGAAGAGCCUAGCCAGGUUGGUAUACGAGUACCACCCUCAACGGUUCCAGAAAGACCUUACCGUGUACUGCGACUCGGACCACGCCGGGUGCCUCAUCACGCGGAGGCUGGUGCAGUUGGGCUAA